AUGGCGGACGCGCUUCCCAAUCUUCCCAGCUUUGGGCUAGAGUUCCCGCCGUCCAAAAUUGUCCACGCCGCGCUAGCAUUUGCGAAGCAUCACUGUAAUCUACCAACCUACAACCAUGCCUUGCGCUCGGCUUACUGGGCGGCCAUUAUCGCUAAAAGAAACCCUCCCCUUUCGGGUAGCGAGUUGGAUCUGGAGCUCGUCAUCCUCAGCUGUAUCCUGCACGACAUGGGCUGGGCCGAGACCAAGGACCUGCUCUCUUCCGACAAGCGAUUCGAAGUGGACGGCGCGAACAUUGCCCGUGAUUUCAUCAACAAAUUCAACACGCAAGAGGGGGUUGAUGCCUCAGAGUGGGACCAUAGCCGAAUCCAGCGAUGUUGGGACGCCAUUGCGCUGCAUACCACAUUUAGCAUCGCCCGAUAUGCCGCUCCCGAGGUCGCGGCCGCAGCCUCUGGCAUCCUCGCCGACUUUCAAGGGCCGUAUUUCCCUAAUGGCCCUGGCGGCGAGAAUUUAAUUACAUUGGACGAAUACCUCGCGAAAGUUAUGUGCGGCAUAUGCCGUGACAAGGGUGUCACCACGUUCGACAAUUUCGUGGGAGACUUUGGCAUACAAUUUGGUCUGGAUGGAGCAGCUACUGCUGGGCGGCCUGGAAGCUCUGGAAAGGCUGGAUGCCAGCAUUUGAAGCUCCUUAACGUAAAUCAAAGAAAGGAAAGUGUGAGUGAGGCGUGGUCGUACUGCGAGAUAGUAGUCUAUAGGCAAUGA